AUGGUUGUUAAGGGUCUAUGGCCCAAGUGGUUGAUGCCAAAGAAGAUGGGGAGCGUUGGAACUGCUAAUAGUGGGAAGCAAUUUGAAAGAGUUGGAAAACCUCAGCCGGUGAAGAUCUUAGAGAUGAAUGAAAUCUCCAUCUUGUGGCAACCCUUUUCCUUCAUCGUCCUAAUCAUCUCUACCAUUUUUCUCAUCCUCAUCUACAAAUGGUACUCCACCGCCAUUAAUAAAAGCUCACCACCUUCUCCAACAAAGCUCCCAAUCAUAGGAAACUUACACCAACUCGGUCUCCAUCCUCAUCAUUCACUGCAAACCUUAGCUCGACGCCAUGGACCUCUCAUGCUGCUUCACUUCGGCAGCAUUCCGGUCCUCGUCGUCUCAUCCGCCGAACUCGCUAAGCAGAUAAUGAAAACCCAUGACAUAACCUUCUCAGACAGACCCAAGUUGACAGCCUUCGAUAAGCUUCUCUACAAUUGCAAAGAUGUAGGAUUGGCCUCGUACGGAGAGUACUGGAGGCAGGCUAAAAGCAUCAGCGUUUUACAUCUUCUUAGCAACAAAAGGGUUCAGUCUUUUAGAGUUGUGAGAGAAGAAGAAACCACAUCCAUGUUGGAGAAGAUCGAAAAGUGUUGCUCAUCUUCUUCGUCUCUGAAUUUAAGUCAGGUUUUCACGAAGCUUACGAACGAUGUUGUUUGUAGGGUGGCUUUGGGGAGGAAAUACAAUGAUGGUGAAGAUGGGAAGAAGUUCAAGAAGCUUUUGGAGGAUUUCGCGGAGUUAUUAGGGACUUUUUUUAUUGGUGAUUAUAUUCCUUUGCUUUCUUGGUUGAGCUUUGUCAGUGGUUUGGAUGGGAAAUUGAAGAAAGUGGCUAAAGAGUUCGAUGAGUUUUUGGAAAAUGUGAUUGAAGAGCAUGUUCAUGUUGGAAAUGAGGACUAUAAGGAUUUCACAGACAUUCUGCUUCAUCUUCAGAAAGAAAACGUGCCUGGAUUUUCUUUAGAUAGAGUUUGCAUAAAGGCUCUUGUCUUGGAUAUGUUUGUUGGAGGUACACACACUACAUCCACAGCCUUAGAGUGGGCAGUGACAGAGCUACUAAGACAUCCAAAAAUCAUGCACAAACUCCAAACUGAGAUCAGAUCAGUUGCAGGUUCCAAAACCUUCAUCACAGAGGAUGAUUUGGAAGCAAUGGUUUAUCUGAAAGCAGUCAUCAAAGAGACUCUUCGUUUACAUCCUCCACUUCCAUUACUAGUUCCCAGAGCGUCAAGAACAAAAGUGGAGAUCAAUGGCUAUGAAAUCCAACCAGGUUAUCAGGUCUAUAUCAAUGCCUGGGCUAUUGGAGAUACUCAAGCUAUGAGUGAUAUGCAGAAUUAAACAGAUAAAAGCAUCUCCAAUAUGCUCUUUAAUUAAUAGCGUCAUCCUCUUUAAAAUAAAGAGUCAACUAUCUUUUGUAAGGUCUCAAACAAUUUUUUUUUAAAUUCAAAAAUUAAUAUGUUGGAGAAUAUCGGUGGGAAAAUAAAAAGAAAAAGAAAGAAAGAGUGAUUGAAUUCAGAUAUUAUCUUUCUUAGUGAAAAACAUUUCUCUCUUCCUAUA